GGGAUGCAAGAGCGCGGAGGCCUCGAGAGCCUCUGUGGGAAACCACUGCGUGAGGGGCACGUGGAAAAAAGACGGAUAGGCGAAUUCCAAUAUGAAGAGCAUAGAGCGAGAGCUGCACUGUCCAGUGUGUGAGGAGAUGGUGAAGCAGCCGAUAGUGUUGCCUUGUAUGCACAGCGUGUGUGUGCUGUGUGCAGCAGAAGUCUUGGUUCAGAGAGGAUACCCUCCACCCGAACUCCCCCCAGAGCCCAACACUCCCACCUCAAGCCCCAUCACACGCUCUCCCCGACAGACACGCCGGCCUCCACCCAAAACAGACCGUCUAGACCGGGUGAUCAGAACAGUGUGUGGGACACAUCCAGGACGCAGGCGUAAAGACACCCCACCUGUGAUCAUGCUGUUCCCCUGUCCCACCUGCGGAAAAGAUGUGGAGCUGGGAGAGAGAGGGCUUGCAGACUGUCUGAGAAAUCUCACGCUAGAGCGCAUAGUGGAGAGGUACAGACACACAGUGAGUCUCGGCAGCAUGGCAGUCAUGUGUCAGUUCUGCAAACCUCCUCAGGCUCUGGAGGCCACCAAAGGCUGCGCUGACUGCAGGUCCAACUUCUGUAACGAGUGCUUCAAGCUGUACCACCCCUGGGGCACACCGCGAGCCCAACACGAACACAUCCUGCCCACACACAGCUUCAGACCCAAGGUAUUAGUGUGUGUGGAGCAUGAGCAGGAGAGGUUGCAGUUUUACUGCAGGUCAUGUCAGCGUUUGUUAUGCCCACUUUGUAAACUCCGUCGAGCCCACAGUGGACACAAAAUCAUGCCUAUUGCGCUGGCUUACCAAACUCUAAAGGAGAAGAUCACCAAGGAGAUGAACUACAUCUUGGCCAAUCAGGAGUCUGUACAGGCACAGAUCACCCAAGUAGAAAGCGGCAUCGCUCAGACUGAGGUGAACAGCGCAGUGGCUAAAGAGCAGCUGAAUCAGUGUGUGAGUGAAUUGCGCGGUGUGCUGGCGGAGCGUCAGGGGGCCUUGGCCAUGUUUCUGGAGGGGGCUCGUGCACAGCGGGCAGGGACUCUGAACGCACAGCUUUCCGAAAAACAGAGUCUUUUGGAAAACGCAGCGCUGCUCACAUACACACAAGAGCUGCUUAAGGAAACUGACCAGUCGUGCUUCGUGCAGGCCGCCAGAGUCACGCACAACAGACUGGUAAAAGCAAUAGAAAAUCUACAGCAUUUCUCUCUAUCUGCUGAUCCCUCGUUCCGACACUUUCAGAUGGACGUCUCCAGAGAACUCAAAGCGCUCAGCAGCAUGGACUUUAUACAAGCCCCAUUGGCUCCUGUGAUUGACACUCAAAAGACCUUGGCCUAUGACCAGCUGUAUUUGUGCUGGCGCCUCCCACAGGACUCCGCCCCCGCCUGGCACUACUCAGUGGAGUAUCAGAGGAAAGUGGGCGGAGCUGGAGCAUUAUGGGGCAGAGUCUUGUCUGAAGGAAGCUCGGGAAGUAAUGGCACACACUGUUCAUGGCAGCGUCUGGAUGAUGUGGGCGGGACCAGUGCAGUGAUUGACAAGCUAGAGAUGGACAGUGUGUAUGUCCUGAGAGUUCGAGGCUGUAAUAAAGCAGGGUUUGGAGAGUACAGUGAGGAGGUGUAUCUACACACACCUCCUGCACCAGUGUUGUCGUUCUGCCUGGAUUCCCGCUGGGGCCUACAUGCGGAGCGGGUGGCGCUGGGAAAAGGGCAGACAUAUGCCCGGAGUGUUCCUGGAAUGACUCUGUUGCAGGCUGCAGACCGGGCCCUCACCUCAUGUCACCUCACCUCUGACCUCCUUGUGGCCGAUGUUUCCAUCACACAGGGACGACACUACUGGGCAUGCUCAGUGGAGCCUGGAUCCUACCUGGUUAAGGUGGGAGUGGGUAUUGAAGCGAAACUUCAGGAGUGGUUCCAUCUUCCACAAGACAUGGCGAGUCCACGGUACGAUCCAGACAGUGGUCAUGACAGCGGUGCAGAGGACGCCCUGGACAAUCCUCCUCCAUUCUGUUUCCUCACAAUGGGCAUGGGCAAGAUCUUACUACCUAAGUGUGGGGCGUCUAACACUUCUACCGGCCCCCUCACUGCCCCCUUACCACCUCGCCUUGGACUGUGUCUGGACUUCGAGAAGGGGCGGCUCACUUUUUACGAUGCACACUCUUUGCGAGUGCUGUGGGAGGGGACUGUUGAUUGCUCCGCCCCUGUUUGCCCAGCGUUCUGUUUCAUUGGUGGAGGUGCUCUGCAGCUGCAAGAGCAAAUAGCCAAUCGUAAUACAGAACAGAACCCACCGAGAAGAGUGACCAUCCAAACACGUGCCACCGACGCCGGUCACUAAACCGUCUGAUCGCUUUGAAACUAGUCAAAUCAGCACCUUUAAGCAAAUCUUCUUUUAUCGUUUUCUAUCGACUUUGUUUACCUGCUUAUUUCGUAGCUAAUAAUGCAAUGACUGAUGAUAUUUUAUAUUAAGAUUCAUUUAAUUUCAAAGGAUAGACAUUAAAAAGUGGUUAUGGAUGCUAACAACAUGUAGCAUGCUAACAACAUGUAGGUCAAUAUUAAAUAACGAGGAAUCGUUCAUUUUUAUGGCCACAAAAUUAAAAAAAAUGAAAUCAGGUAUGAUUCAGUUUCACUCAUAACACCUUCAUUUUGAACAUUCUUUUGAAAGCAAAUGAUUCCUCGCUAUUUACAAACUCGUUUUCCAGCAUUGUUAGCAUGCAAACCGCCUAAUAAGGGUGUGCUAAUAGUUAGUAAACAUCUUGAUUUGUUCAUUAACAAUGUACAGUAUGUGCUCUUUACAGGAAUGUAACAAUGCCUUGAAAUGUGAUCACGUUGCAAUUCAAAUCCAUUUGAGACAGUUUAUGGCUGUCUUGUUGAUCAGUUUCAUGUUUCUAAGUAGUUCCCAAUGUCUUUGAAUUGUCUUGUUACUUUGAGGCUCAACCAAGAUGCGAAACCUUUGGUUGGACAUGUUGUAUUGGUGUCAGUACACGUCCUGUGCAUAGAGACCUUGUCUGUUUGGUUUGUUUGGGCCAAAACAGGGCUGAUGGAUGCCUUCAGCAAGCGAAACUAAAAGAACAACCAUGUAAUGAAAAUAACCUGCUUUUGUGAGAUCUCUACAGGUGGCUGCUCUAGUGUUACAUAACCGACUCUCCCAUUUGAAUGUCCUAAAUAAUAAUCUCCAAAACAAAACAGUCUCUUGACACACCUCAUACUUUUUUUUCAUAAUCAUGACUGCUAUGGUCAUGUCUGUUUUCUUUUUGCAGAAUGGGUAUGGUGACAACAAUUUAGCAGGCAAAGUUUAAUUUCAGAAAUGGAUGCUGCUUAUGACUGUGCAACUGUCAGUCAGUAGAGUGUGUUGUUAAAGGGACAUUUUUUGAAUUGUGUACUGAAUGUCAGUUGUAUUUAUUGUGUGAGUGUGAGUGAGUGUGCGAUAUGUUAUUGCAAUAAAGACAGUUGCUGAAAGCGCUGGUUUUGGCCAUGUUUUCUGCUAUUUGGAUGCAUUGUUGCAGAUUCAGGUCUCGUUGUGUGAAUUUAUAUUGAUGUUGAGGAUAUUAUGUAGCAUUUCUUAAACAUGCUGGUCCUUUGAAAAUUGGCAAAAUGUUUGUAAAAGACACUAAUGGCAGAAGUGAAAUAAAGCAUCAACGUUU